AUGGAUAAAUCACCUCCCAUCUUGGACGGUCAGCAUCGAAUUGAUCUCCGCGAUUCCGCGAAAGCUUCUCCGAUUGGAGUGCGCGGCGAUUCUGCGGCCGGUUGUGUGUGGCAAAAAGCGAUGAUAAUGACAAAGACCAUCGGCGCAAAGGGCGCGGGAAGCGGCCACGCCGGCGGACGCGGUCGAAUAACGAAGCGACCAACCACAGACUUGAGAACGGACAGACAGCCGAAAAAUAAAUUG